GAAGGCAGCCAGCCGCAGAUUAGUGGCAUCUGCUCGCGGUGACGGUGACCGGGACCUUGUUCGGAGGGCGACAUCUCUUUCAUUUUCCUCUGGAAUUACAAGGAGCGGGCAUUAAAAGCUCAAAGGACGCGACAGCAGGAGAGAGCUCCCAGGUCGAUGCAGCGAUGAGUCAGUCGGGAUCUAUAGGAAGCAAGCACGGAUCCACCAAUGGUGGACCGGCAAGAAUGAGUGCAAAGGAUUUAUUUGAACAGAGAAAGAAAUAUUCCAACUCAAACGUUAUCAUGCAUGAAACGUCCCAGUACAACGUAGAGCAUCUGGCUACAUUUAUGAUGGACAAGAACGAUGCCCUUGGAACAGUGGACGAUGCUGUCAAACGACUGUUCCAGUUGAACUCAAAGGACAAAAUCUGGGCCCAGGAGAUGCUUCUUCAGGUCAUGUCCACCUCCAUCAGUCUUCUAGACUCAGGAACGCAGGAAGAGCUGGAGAAUUUCCCUCUCUCCAUUGUCCAUCACUGCCAGAGUGUGCCAGGACCCCAUCGUUAUCCACACGUCCUGCUCUUAGUAUGUCAGGAAGCAGAUCAACACAAACCCGACAUCCACUUCUUUAACUGUGACAUGGAGGCCGAGUUGGUUCAAGCAGAUAUCACGAGCGCUUGUGCAGACAUAAAGCAAGGGAAAAAGAUGCGACCACAGACACUUAAGAUUAAUCAGGAGAAAAUCAAACAAAGGGAGUCAAUUCUGCCUCCUCAGCCUCCCGCCACAGCUCCCAAACCAGCUUACAGAGACAACAGAAACCGUGUAAUACCCCCUCCUCCACCCAAUGAGAUUGAGUUUGAUCGACGUAGUAAUGCCUCCAUAGAGCCAGAGGAGUCUCGGGAAGUGUUAGCCCAAAAAAUUGAGAAAGAAACCCAAGUCUUAAACUGCACACUGGAUGACAUUGAGGUAUUUGUGGCCAAGCUGCAGAAAGCAGCCGAGGCUUUCAAGCAACUGAACCAGAGGAAGAAAGGAAAAAAGAGUAAAAAGAAAGGUCCAGCCGAGGGAGUCCUCACAUUAAGGUCAAGACCACCAACAGAAAUGGAGUUCAUCGACUGCUACCAGAAGAUCAAACUGGCUAUUAAUCUUUUGGCCAAACUAAAAAAUCACAUUCAGAAUCCCAGUUCUGCUGAGCUGAUUCAUUUCAUCUUUGGACCGUUGGAGCUGAUAAUUAAUAGCUCAGGAGGUCCAGAGCUUGGGAGGUCAAUCACCUGUCCUCUGCUAUCUAAAGAGGCCACUGACUUCCUUAAGGGACAUUUGACCCCUAAAGAAAUGGCAGUCUGGGAAAUACUGGGAGAGAGAUGGACUAAAUCCAGGGCGGAAUGGCCAAGAGAACCAGUGAUUCCACAGUAUAUUCCAAAAUUUAAUAAUGGGUGGAUGCCCCCAACUGAAAUAUUUCAUGGCGCACCCUGGGAGCUGGACAUAGGACACCCACCAGAUGUUAUGAAAUCUAGGAUCCAUGAAGAGAAUCGGAAGCCAUCAGAUAACCAUGAACCCAAAACAAAUCUUCCUCCACCCAAUGGAAAUCCUUACCGCUCAUCAUCCUUUAAGCAAAGUCAACCUGAAAAAACUCUUGAUCAUUCCACAAGUCCUAAGAUCAGUAGGCAAUAUGAGGCUCCAGUGCCUGCCCAACCUCAGAAAUUCGCCAAAAUUCGCUAUGACUUCACUGCGCGGAACGCAAAUGAAUUGUCUGUACUGAAAGAUGAAGUUCUUGAGGUUGUAGAAGACAAUAAGCAGUGGUGGAAGUUGAGAAACAGGGCCAGGCAGGAAGGUUAUGUUCCAUAUAACAUACUUGAUGUCGUGUCAAACGAAGAAUCAUCUGAGCCAGAUGGACCAUACGGAAUGCCUGGAUCCAAAUACAGAGGAGACCAGAGUCCUCGAGGUGGGGGACCAGUAAGCCCAGUAUACAAACUUCCUGGGAGUUACGCUGGAGAUAAAUGGGGAAGCGAGAUGGCAGGAUGGUCAACUAGCCAGAACAACAAGGAACAGUUAAUCCACCACAUGGACGAGGUGAAUGACGAGCUUCUAAAGAAAAUCACAAGUAAUCAGCCACCCAAAAGGAACUUCAGAAUUGAGAAAACUCAGGUCUAUGUUCCACUAACCUUGCAGUCUGACCCAGAGGAGGUCAAAGCUUGGUUGGAAGCCAAGGGCUUCAGUAAAGGGACCUCAGGGCAACUGGGUAUUUUAAAUGGAGCACAGCUUUUCUCUCUGAAUAAGGAAGAGCUAAAGAAAGUGUGCGGAGAAGAGGGGGCUCGGGUGUACAGCCAGUUGGCUGUUCAGAAGUCUGAGUUAGAGAAAAGUCAAGGUGACUCAGAACUCCAAGAAAUAAUGAAAAAACGUCAAGAGAGGAUUGAAUCUCCCAACUAGCUCAACGCCUUCCUCUUUGCCACCUACUUUCUUUACUAUCUGCACUUACUUUUCAAAAAAGACCCUCAACGCCUUGCAGAAUCACCCGCUGCUUUGUAAGCCAGCUUUAUGGCUGAGAAAGGAUUAUGGUUUUAUAUGUUUAAGAGAAAAGACUAUACAUACUAUAUAUAUAUAUAUAUGAGUGUACAUGAACAUGCGGUAGGCUUUAUUGCAUACUUCAUUGUGGAACGCAUGUUGGAAAGUGGUGUUCUGUUUUCACCCCAAAAUUCUACUCAGAAAUGUGAUCCACUCAUUUUGUUUCGGGGUGUUAUAUCUUGUUUAAUUAGUAGACCUUGAAUGCCACCUUUAACCCUUUUCCAGACAUGUAAGCUAUGCACUACUUCCUAUAUAACCAUUUUCACCUCUCUUUUGGAUAGGGGCACCGGUUUUGUCUGGCUAUGCCUUGCAUGUAAAUUGAGCCCUGGCAAUAAAGCCGACUGCAUCUGUAUGUAUAAGUAUAUAUGUCAUAUAUUUAUAUAUUAAAUCUGCUGGACUUAUUUUGUUCUCUUGCCACUGCAAGUUCUUUCCUUAACCUCUCAGCUACUGGAAAAGACAGCUUCUCCUCCCACUGGCAGCUGCAGAAUUAAACAGAGGGUAGAUCUUUAAGUAUUGCAUGAAAGUAUUAUUUUUCUAUAUAUAUAUAUACAUUUAUAUUCAUAUAUUUUAUAAAAUAGAUUUAACGCAGCAGUGGCUCACAUCAGUCAAAACUUUGAGUGGGGUCUAUUCUAGAAAUGGAAACGUAAUGCUUAUUUGUUAACUAAACUUAUGCAUUUUCACUACUUCAGCAAAAAAUGCAAACUUCCCAGGGUCGGGUACAUGAAACCCCCCACUCAAGUGUGAGUGAAAGGAUGCUGUCGGAUAGUGAGGAUAGAAAGUUUAGUCAGAAAGUUCCAGGGUGGAUUCCUCUCAGUGGAACCCCUUAGCACUGCAUUAGUAUUUAAUAUUGUCACGCCUACGUUCUCUGGAGUUAUAUCUGUACAUUUUCUCUGUAACUAUGGUCGAUCUAACCUUGUAUAUCAUAAUGUUGCUCCCUCCCUAAACAACAAACUUGUUAGCAGUCACAAGACUGCGACAUCUUAUAUAAUUUAUCCUCAAUAAAUGUAUAGAGAUAUCAUUUAAUUUCUAAAUUAAACAGAAUCCCAAUCCCAAGAAUACAUAAUGUCAUAUAAACAAGUAACCAAAUUCCUGAAGCCCAAGAUCUAGAAACAAGGAGCUAUAUGAUCAAUUUCUAUUAGCUGUAAUUAUAUUUUGAUAUAUUUUCUGGAGAGUAGAACACUCAUUGCCCAAAAAUUAGCAGGUAUAUAAUUAAUUGUAUAAUUCCGAUUCUACAGAACUUCUACAGAAUCGUACCCUCUGUAUUGCCUCUUUCCCUGCUAUCCAGCACCUUAGCUUCCAGGAAAUGUGUUCGGCUGAAUGCAUAUCCGGCACGCUAAAAUGUGAGCUAUAGUAACCACCAGCCAACUCCAGAGCUGGCGCGUGCACAAGUUAAACAGGGUCUAACGAGCAUGAGAAGCAAGGGAUCCUAUUGACUUGGGAGCUCUUUCCUGCCACUGAUCACCUUCUUCAGACAGCAACAAUGGGACAAAAUAUGGCACCACAGAUGGGGGUGGGGGGGCGAUGCUCUGGAGCUUCUCCUAAAGGUAAGUUAUCUGCUUUACAGGUUAAAAAUGGAUAUUAAACUACUUACAAAGUACUUUAAUAUGCAUUCUUUUUUGGUGGUGCCCCAAAAAUACAUAAGGAGAACUUAUGUAGUGAAAUAAUGUCUGUAUCCAAGCAGGGUUCCAUUAUGGUGGUGGCUGCAUAAAUGCCAUUUACAAUUUCAUUGUACAGUGCUUUCAAUUUAAACACAUGAAAAUGUACUUUACAUCAUAUCAUGCUUUAAAACGAAUAGUCAGAAAUCUGAAAUGUCAUAUGAACUCCAUACUAUUACAUGAAUUUAUGUGAUCUGAUAUAUAUUAAAGGUGUGAAUGUGCUAGAGGAAUGUGUCCUAAAGAUGCAUUAUUAGAUUUAAUAUAGAGUGCGCAGUAGCAAUAUGUAAAUGGAAUCAUUCUGGACUCCUAUAUUGUUAUUGGUCUUACCAAAAUCUAUUUUAACUCAAAUGGUAAACAUGAAUAAUAUAUUACUGACUGAAACCAGAUGCCUUCCCCCUGUCGAUCUCCAUCUGUAUGUCUUCUAUUUCUAGCUACAAAAUGUAUAUUGUAAUUAUUCCUUUAACAAAAACACUUGUACAAUGUGA